AUGGACGUCCGAUCAUUGAAUCAUCUGGACUACGACGAGCUGCAGGCCCAACUGCAGGAGCGAGGCCUGAACACCAGCGGGAAAAAGUUUACGCUUGUGGAACGGCUUAGUGCUGCGCUGCAGGCUGAGGAGCGCCAUGAUGGAGAUGCAGUGGAAGAGUCCACGGCCACAUGCGACCCCUACUUGGACCCGUACUUUUUCGCUGGACCGCAGGAUCCAGAGCACAAGAUGCAUCGGAGGUCGCGAUCGCGUUCGCCCCGAAAAGUUAGCUCGGAGAAGGCCAAGGCACAAGGAUUGCGCCGGCUGGCCGAAGACAUUUGCGGCGUGGGCUUGCAGGCAUCACUUGCGUCGCUCGAUGCUGCUGUGGCAGCAGGGAGUGUGUCCACGAAACUCUUGACAGAACUAGAGGCAAAGCUUUCAACUUGCAUCACCAUGAUCGAGAUGCAGCAGAAAUGA